AUGUCGAAUGCGAAGCUGAGGGACGAGCUUAAGGUUUCCAUCGCGAAGAAACUUGUGCCGGAAUACAGAGAGUUCUACGACAAGUAUUUGAGACAGGAGACAAACAUAGAGAUGCUGGUGAGGUUUAAGCCUGAUAAUUUGGACAACUACCUCUCAGAUCUGUUCCAUGGAACAGUAAUAUUUAGUGACUCUUCUUCUUCUUUGUCUUCUUCAUCUUGUAUCUCGCUUGGAUGUGUAUUCUCAAAUGAUGACCAAGAUCCGCGAGAGGUGGUGGAAUAUGCAAUAACUGAGGCCCGAGCUUGGGCUGCAGCCCAAGCGGGCGGAGAAACAGAGAGGGUGCAUACAAGUGUGCAAGGGAACCAAGCAGAUUCAGGGGAAUGGUGCAAGAUAGAUGGAGCAUGGAAAGCGACCGAGUCCCGUGCAGGGCUUGGGUGGUACAAUUUUGAUCCGGAUUCGGGCUCAAGUCUUUUUGGUGCCUGUAAUUUACGGCGGGGACUAUCCCCUUUGCAAACGGAACUGGAAGCAUUGGUUUGGGCCAUGCAAAGUAUGUUAGCCCACAACAAACGGCGAAUGAAUUUUCAAACGGACUGCACCGAGUUGGUGAAGAUGGUGACUAAACCUGAAGGGUGGCCGACGUUUGAAAUUCUGCUUGAAGAGGUGGAGAAGUGCAAAAGGAAGUUCCAAGCUUUCUCUCUCACUCAUAUCCCGAGGACAACGAACACGAAGGCGGACAAGCUAGCACGGAGUGCUCGAGCUCAGCCUCACGAUGUGUACUAUGUAAACUCAGUUCCUCCGAUUCCGCUCCCAGAGCCGAUCUAG